AGAGCAGUUUCCGGACCUGCUCACUGGUUCGCGGUGGCGGUACUGAGCUGAGCUGAGCGGAGCCGAGCUGCUGCAGUGAUCGGGCCGGCCUGGCUGCUGGCGCUUGGCUUUGUGCUGCCGUGCCUUUCUCGGGACAGCCUGGUUUCUGGCCGAGCCGAACCGGACCGAGCGAUGCUGCGACUGAGCGGUGCAGCUCUGGGAACGGGGGCACGGAGCCGGGGCUCGCUGCUCCUCCUGUGGCUUGGCAUCCGAUUGUGCUCCGCGUCUGGCUUCCCCUGGGCUGAGCAUUACGGUACCAAGUCCAGGUAUGAGGGACUGGGUGCAGCGCCAUUGCCUGGGACCAGCUGGCUAGCCCCUGCCAACUGCACCGCCCUGCAGCUGAAUGCUCUGAUCCGUCAUGGCACCAGGUACCCAACUAAGAAGAACGUGCCCCGUAUGAGGGAGAUCCACCAGCUCAUCAGAGAGCAGGGCGAUCAGGGCAACAACAGCCUAGUGCAGGCUCUGGUGGGUUGGCACAUGUGGUACAACGAACGCAUGGACGGCAACCUUCACCCCCUGGGCACCUCCGAAAUGGCCAGGCUCGCCAAGCAGCUGGCCGCCAGCUUCCCCACUCUCUUCACCGCCCGCACUUACCGAGGGAGCCGGCUCAAAUUCGUGACCAGCUCCAAGCACCGAUGCGUCAACAGCACCAGGUCUUUCAUCCAGGGGCUGGAGAGCCACCUGAACCUGCGGGACCAGGUGGGCGGGCAGUGGGAGGUCAACGACAGGCUGCUGCGUUUCUUCGACCACUGCCAGAAGUUCAUAAACCGAGUGGAAAACAAUAACACAGCCCUGCAUCAAGUGGAACUCUUCAAGAGGGGCCCAGAGAUGGAAGGGGUAAUGAGAAACAUGGGAAAGAAACUUGGCAUCUCACCAGAGGCUCUAACCACCAAUAUGGUGGAAGCAGCGUUUUAUCUUUGCAUCUAUGAGUUCAUCCUUAAAGGCAUAGUUUCUCCCUGGUGUGACGUUUUUGAAAAGGAAGAUGUAGAGAUAUUGGAAUACCUGGGUGAUCUGAAGCAAUACUGGAAGAGAAGUUAUGGUUACAAAAUUAAUGGUCUCUCCAGCUACAAGCUAUUCCAAGAUCUCUUCCAAUAUAUGGACCAGACCAUUGAAGAGAGUGAGAGGAACCAGUCCAUAUCUCAUACUGCUGUUGUUCGCUUCGGACACGCAGAGACCCUCCUACCUGUCCUGACUCUCAUGGGUUAUUUCAAGGACGACAACCCAUUAUUGGCAAAUAAUUUUGAAGCACAAAAGGGUCGCAAGUUCAGAAGCGGAUGGAUUUCUCCAUUUGCUGCAAACCUCGUUCUCGUGUUGUACAGUUGCAGCGGAGCACGGGGCCUGGGAGACAAGUACAAACUCCAGUUAUUUCUGAAUGAGAAGCCACUGCCAUUUCCUCACAGUGGAAACCUUGUAACCGACUAUGAGGAUGUAAAGUACAGCUAUGAGCACCUUACCGAAUCACUGAAAUUCAACAAUGUAUGUGUGUGAUGACUACAGUUACUUCCAUUUCAUUUUAUUUCUCCUUCUUCUUUUUUUGUUUCUAAUUUAUGAUUAAAAUUGCCAUCAAUUAGACUUUUUACAUCUUUGUUUUAUGGUUAUACAGUUGAUUCAGAAUUUGCAGUUUUCGUAAAUAUAACAAUUCAGCACCAUUCAGGCUUUCAGCCUUUGAAGGAGAUCUGCAAUUAAUUACAGUAAUUUGCUGUGUAAAUAAAUUUCUCCUCAUCCCCACUCUACACCUUGUGUCAUGACAGGACGAAGGUGAAAUCAGGAUAUGACCCGAUUUCUCUCGGAGUAGAACAAUGGUGUUCUUGCUUUGGGCACUAAUUGUGACCUUUACAAGCCACAACAUUAGCAUUUCUCAGCCUUUUAAAUUUGUCAGGAACAAUUCCCUUCCACACAAGCGCCUAAACCAUGGAUUGGGUUCAGCAGGUAAAAAAUGUUUAGAAAAAAGGCAAUUCAGAAGAAGAGAAAGAUUAAAAGGAGAAAGAGAAAACUGCAGCUUUGUUUCAGUCAACUUCUGAAAGUAAAAAAGAAAGCCCAAAUCGGAAGGGAGUACAAUGGACAACAUGUGACAAAAAUUGGAACACAGUUUAUCCUUUGGUACAUCCUGAGCCUAAAGAAACUGGAACAAAAGAAACUUGGAAGAAUAAGUGAAAUCUCGCAAGUGAUCAAUGGGAGACUUUUGAUUAUAAUGACUUGUAACUAUGGAUAAAUUAUUCCUUUGCAAAUCAUGAAGGCAAUUUACAUCCACGGUAUAUUUCUUUGCUUGUACAUUAAUAAUCAUACAAAUUCUGAUUAAAUGGUACUGACUAA